AUGGAUACCAGCAGAGAAACGUCGGCGGCGGCGGCUCCUUUUGAGCCCUCACAAAUUCCCCAGGGGGCGCCUGCGCCUGCACCCGCGACUGCGAUUGCAUCCGAGGACAUCGCGACUGAAGCAUCGGCGUCUGAGGCGCCUCCGACCGGGUCCACCCACGAUGCCGGAAUGGCCGAGCAUGACAAGGUUGCUGACAACGCUGGAAUCGCCAAACAACCUAUAGGAAACCAGCGGGCCGUCAACGGCGGCGACGACGACGAUGCCGCCUCCGAGGCUAGCAGCGCUCUGAGCACAGAUGCAUGGGCCUCUGAAACAUUUGAGAACGACCUCCUGCGUGCGCUGGACGCCGUCCAGACACCGGGGACUUUCGCCUCCUUCCACGGGCUGAAGCACGUGGACCCGGAGCUCUCUGUGCACGAUGUCGGGCCCAUCAUCCUGCCGUUGCAGGAACCGCAGAUCCGGAAAAUGAUUGACAAGGCCGUCCAGGCGCCCUUUGGCAAAGGGAGCGAAACCAUCGUUGACCCAACGGUGCGAGACACGUGGGAGCUGGACCCCAGCCACUUUGAGCUGCGCAGUCCCCGCUGGGAGGCCGACCUCCAGAAGAUAUGCGCAAUCGUGGCCCGUGACAUGGGCAUCAAGUCCCCGAUCAACGCGGAGCUGUACAAGCUGCUGGUUUACGAAAAGGGGGCCAUGUUCAAGGCCCAUACCGACACUGAAAAGUGUCCUGGCAUGUUCGGGACGCUCGUCGUCUGUCUGCCCUCUGUGCACAAGGGAGGCGACGUAGUCGUGAGGCACUCCGGCCAGACGAAGACGUUCAAGACCUCCGAGGCCGCCCAGUCCUUCGCCUGCUGGUACUCCGACGUCCACCACGAGGUCUUGCCCAUCACGGAUGGCUACCGCGUGGUCCUGACGUACAACCUCGCGAUCGACCCGGCAGCUGAGCGCCCGUCCGCCGGACUCGUGCGAAGCGAGAACCGCGCGUUACGGCACACCCUGAGGAGGUGGCUGCGCAAGGGGGCCGACAGCGGGGAGGUGGACCAUGUCUACUACGGCCUGGACCACGAGUACACGGAGGCGAGCAUCUCCGUGAAGGCCUUGAAGGGGCGGGAUCUGGCCGUUGUACAGACCCUGCAGGAGCUAGCCUCCGAGCUUGAUUUCGACGUACUUCUGGCCUUGACGGAGAAGAAGGAGACGGGUUCCGCCGAGCCCAAUGGCUAUGAUCCCCGAUACAACGGCCACAGUCGCAGAGACUAUGGCUACUAUGGCGGUGAAGACGAAUCCGACUAUGACGAAGAGUCGGGGCCUCACGAGCUCGAAGAAGUGCUUGAGACGGAACUCUCUGUCAAGGUGCUUGUGGACCUAAGGGGACGUCCCAUCCUUCGCGAUAUGAUGCUGUCGCAGGACAAUUGUCUUCAAGCCGACGACUUCUUUGACGGGGUCGAACGGAAGGAGGAGUACGAAGGAUACCAGGGUAACUGGGCCGUACUGAUCGUCCGCCGGGACAGAAUUGCCCAGUUCCUCAAAGGAUCCCUCCUCGGCUCGAACCUCUAUCACAAUAACGAGAGCAUCAAGCUCCUGCUUACUUACCUCGCAGAUUCGGUCUUGAAGGGCACGCCAAACAAGGAAUCAGCCUUUGCCACGCUCAAGGAUGUUUGGAACCGGUGCGCUCACCGGGUCGAUGGGGCCAGCCUGAGAUUGGACAGCAAUGCCAUUAGCACAAUACUGCGAGCCAUCAUUGAAAUGAAGCAGUGGGACUUUUUCGAGAGCGCCGCUGAGCACAUCCGCGGUGCCUUGCCCUUCACGUACUACGAAUGGCUCCGUGAGCAGGUUGACGAAGGCAGAGUGCCAUUUGACAAGGUUAGGACUGGCUUGGCCUCCACGGUUCUCGGAUGCAACCGCUUUUCUGAAUGCUGUGAGGCGAUACAGGCAUUCGCUCCGGCUGAUAAGCCAUUGUCCGACGAGAUUCGGGAGUGGGUACAUGAAACCCUCGUCAAAGGUCUGAAAGCCUCUGCCGAGUCUGCUUCUUUCGUACGGCAGGAUGGUCAGUGGAUGGUUGAAAACGCGGAGAAGUACGCCGACUUUGACUGGCUUUGCUCCAUCAUCGUGCCCUUGGUCGAAGAUCACUUCAGCAUACCGGCUUUCGCGCUCGAAUUCUCGUCGACGUUGAUUUUCCAUGCCAGGAAAAAGAAGUUCCCAGGCAGGAAAGCACUUGAGCUUUACAAACGACUCGUCAAAGACUUUAUAGCGAAGCUGGACUUCACCAAGGUCCACGGCCCCAGAACGGAAGAGCAGAUCCAGAAGGCGGCAAGGCAUACUUACGGCCAAACGGCACCAGAACCUACGACUACCGCCUACAACGAUCUAGCCGUGACUCCCGAAGCCCUGGCGGAACUCUUUGGCACCCUCAUCAAGUUGAGCUCGCCUCCGCGCGAGGACCUGGUGAUUCCGCUGGCCAUAAAGCUCGUCAGCUUCGCCCCAAAGAUGCAGGCCGCCGACUUUGAUCCGCUAUGGAUCCCCUUUUUGCAGAGACUCAUUUCCUUCCUCGGAAUCACAGAGACUCCGCUCACCACCCCACGCUACCAGCAAAUAUUCUGCGCCAUUCUCGAGUCCUACCGCGACAACUACGUCGGCCAGAAACCAGCCAACCAGGCAAUGAACCCUCACAGCGGUGUGAACGUCCGAGUGCAGCUGCACUGCACCUGCGCCAAUUGUCUUAUCCUCCUGACGUUCCUCAGGGACCCUAGCAGGUACGUCUGCCGGCUCCCUGUCGGUAAGAGGGCGCGGCAUCACUUGCACAAGCAGAUUGAGCAGCGCGGCAUUCCGUGCUCGCACGUCACCGAUCGGAGCGGGCCGCUGGAAACGCUAGUUGUGACGAAGCUGAGAGAGAAGGAGGACGCGGAGUACGAGGCGAAGCAGAAGAAGGCGGCCGAGGUGUUCCAGUCGUUUGACCAGACGAAGCUGGGCCUGUUGCUCGGCGAGGAUUAUCCUGCUAUCGCGGAGGGACUGUGGAAGCGGCCGGUGAAUCUGGCACCGGGACGUGGAGGAGUCACGCACACACCGACGGCGGGCCCGCCGCAGCCCAGUACCUUGCCGGGAGUGAGACCGGCGGCCGCCACGCCUGCUGUCCCGCCACCGAGGAACGUGCCGGUGCCCGGACCGUUUAACACUGCACGUGAACCGGCUCUGAACAGAUUCCCUGUGCCGGUGACGGCGAACUCAGGUGGUCCGUUGCAGCCCUUGCCAAGUCUUGGCCCUGCGGCGCUGGCGGCAACAGCACCGACCCCUCCACAACCAAGUAAUGUUCCGCCACGGGCUGUGAAGCGGAAAGCAGAGCCAGAGGUUAUUGAUCUAACUUAA